CACCACUCCACCCAUGUAGUGGACAUCCAUCCAGCAGGCGAAUCAGACGAAUCGUCAUUCCCUCGUAUUUAAUGGUUGACCACGUGGGCUAGAAUCGUAUCAUAAAUCAUAAAUUUAUGAAAACUGCUCGAUAAAUAGAACGAUACUGACAAAUAGAGAUAUUUUUUAAAGAUGCCCAUGAAACUUGUAAUUAAUUCUGCAAAUCCAUCUGUCGGAGCUUUGAUAAUAGUGGAAAUUGUUCGCAAGGAGCUAAAUUCUGACCUACAAGUUGUUUGGUCCACUGAUUUUGGAAAGAACUUGGCCAAACUUCAAUUCUUUGGAAGUAACGGUAAAAUUUUAGGAGAACGGAGUAGCGACGUUGCUCGUUAUUUAUCAAGAGCGCACAAUGCCCAACUCUAUGGAAGUAACGACCCAUUCGAUAGAACAGAGGUCGAUCAUUGGCUGACAUUUGCAGAUAAGCUUGUUAACCAUGCCGACAAAGACGACUGCUUACUGCUAUAUUUAGAUCAAGCCUUGGCACCUAGAACAUGGCUAGUGGCGAAGCAUUUAACUAUCGCGGACAUCUGUGUAUUUUCAAAAAUCUAUUAUCAAGAGGCGGAUGAGAUUAACGACAAGUAUCAGAAUUUAUCUAGAUGGUACGAUCAGAUGUUAUCAUUGCCGGAAGUGCAGAAGGUUCUGUCGCUAGUAUCCAAAAAUACGACCGUAAAUCCUACAGCCGCUACGAAGAGCAAAAGAAACGACGUGGCAGCCCCUAAAAGCGUCGUUACAAGGAAACAGGAGGGAAAGUUUGUCGAUUUGCCGGGCGCUGAGAUGGGAAAAGUUAUCGUUAGAUUUCCCCCCGAAGCCAGUGGCUACUUACACAUUGGUCACGCUAAAGCUGCCCUGUUGAAUCAGUACUACGCCGAGAACUUUCAAGGCCAACUCAUCAUGAGAUUCGACGAUACGAAUCCGGCGAAAGAAAAUGUCGAAUUCGAAAAGGCUAUUCUAGAAGAUCUGACGCUGCUACGAAUAAAGCCAGAUCGCUUCACUCAUUCGUCCGACUACUUUGACAUAAUGUUAGAGUAUUGCGAAAAGUUGCUAAAAGAGAGCAAGGCCUUUGUCGACGAUACCCCAGCCCAACAAAUGAAGGAGCAACGAGAUCAAAAGCUACCGUCUGCCAAUAGGGACAAUUCCGUUGAAAAUAACCUAUCGCUUUGGAAAGAGAUGGUGGAAGGUACGGCUAGGGGACAAGAGUGCUGCGUCAGAGCUAAAAUUGAUUAUCAGUCGGCAAACGGUUGUUUGCGCGAUCCUACGAUCUACCGAUGCAAGAGUGAACCCCAUCCUCGCACUGGGACUAAGUACAAGGUGUACCCAACCUAUGAUUUUGCAUGUCCUAUCGUCGAUGCAAUUGAAAACGUCACGCAUACAUUACGUACGACUGAAUAUCACGACAGGGAUGAUCAAUUCUACUGGUUCGUUGAUGCUCUGAAAUUAAAUCGACCCCACAUUUGGGAAUACUCCCGACUCAAUAUGACCAACACCGUACUAUCUAAGCGUAAAUUAACGUGGUUCGUUAGCGAAGGCUUAGUCGAUGGUUGGGACGACCCGCGUUUCCCAACAGUAAGGGGAAUUUUACGCAGAGGAAUGACAGUCGAAGGCUUAAAGCAGUUCAUAAUUGCUCAAGGAAGUUCGCGUUCAGUUGUCUUCAUGGAGUGGGAUAAGAUAUGGGCUAUAAAUAAAAAAGUUAUCGAUCCUAUUGCCAUAAGGUACACGGCGUUAGAUAGCGGCAAAACAAUUCCCGUAAACGUAAAGGGAGUAACCGCCGAUUGCUUAACGGUUGCCAAUCAUCCGAAAGAUCCGGCUCUAGGUACGAAGCAAGUGCAAAUUGCAUCUACGGUGUUGAUCGAAGCCGAAGAUGCCGAGGCUUUAAGAGAAGGUCAAAAUGCUACUUUUAUCAAUUGGGGAAAUCUUUUGAUUGAAAAAAUUCUAAAGAAGAAUGGCAAAGUCGUUCAAGUUGAUGCUUCAUUAAAUUUAGACAACAAAGAUUACAAAAAUUUCAUAGCAAAAGAUACAAGAGUAGGUAUUCUUAUGUAA